GUUAUAGAGAGACGGAGCUACAGAACAUACCUAUAUUUCCAACCUAAAACCAAAUACUUUAUUUUGGCUACAUUUUCACGAAAAUAUAGUGCUUGUAUAUUUUGAUAUUGUGAAGUCGAACUGCGUAAAAAGAUGGGAAUGCCUGCCUCAGUUUUAUACUCGGGUUCUCGUGAAGGAAAUUUCGAGGGUGGAAUUGGAUUUAUGAACAAGAUCGUGUUGAAGGUCCAUCAGCUCAUUGAUGCAGUGUUUAAUCGUACCGAGAUCCAUUACGAUACCGGUUUGGUGGCCGGACUGGUCAGCAUUGCCGUUGUCAUUGGCGCAUGCGUAAUACAUGUGAUCAUGAAACGUCAGAAGUAUCAGAGCAUCGUUAUCGGUGCGCCCCUCGAGGAAGGCGAUCAAGUUGACCCGAACCUCACCUGUGAUGAGACCACAGAGGAAGAGGAAGCCGAGGACAGUGGGGAGGCCGAUGAGGAGGGUGAGGCCGAUACCCUGAUGAACGAGGAAUAUUUGGAAGAGUCGAUGUCGGAUGACGUCACCGAUGGCUCCGAGGAGCUGGAAUCCAAUGUCCAGCAAGACACACUCCAGACUGCAGAGGUGCCACCGCUCGAAAUCGCCGAGCUCGAUUUGGAUGAGGUCGUGGAGGUUGCAGCCGUUGUCCCGGAGCCGAGAACCAAGAGCCCUCCCAAGAAGAAGUCGGGCAUCAAGCCCGUUGCCACCAUGUAUAGCAAGGAGGAGAGCUAUAAGGUGAUCCCGGCCAGGGAGGCUGGCCCCAUGGAGCCGCUCAACAAGCUGAUGACUCCCCGCACCCUGGCUGCCAUGCACCGCACCUCGGUUGCCGUUCAGUGCCCGGCUCCUCCGGUUCCGCCCCCGAAGCCCGAGGAUCGUCCCGGCUCUGCGAGGCGUGGACGAAACUAAGCCGUGCAUCCCUCUUGAUGGCGUUACGUUUUCUUUUUGGUUUUAGUUACUUAUAUUUUUUAAAUUUCUACACUUAUACCACACGUCGUUCACCAGACACAUGAUGGGUCUUUAUUGAGUCCUAGCCAAGAAAUUCCGUCAACUCUUAAACUAUGCACACGCUUUUCGAGAUGGCUCGCCAGUUUUAGGGUCUUCUCGACACAAACACCUACAUAUGUUAGACGAGCUAUCAAACCAAAAUUGUGACCGUCGAGUAUUCGAAAGUAAAGGGGCCUUCCAAAUUGCCAGACUAUUAAAUGUUUCGAUCAAAAAUGCA